AUGGUGACUCGAAACAAGAAGACCAGAAAGAUGCGUGGCCACAUCUCCCAUGGCCAGGGUCGAAUUGGCAAGCACCGAAAGGGUGGUGACCGAGGUGGUCGAGGUCUUGCUGGUGGUCAGCACCACCACCGAAUCAACUUCGACAAGUACCAUCCCGGUUACUUCGGUAAAGUCGGUAUGCGACACUUCCAUUUGUUGCGAAACCCCAAGUACUGCAACUCGAUCAACUUGGACAAGCUCUGGUCGUUGGUGCCUGAGGAGGAGCGCGUCGCUGCCGCCAAGAACACCGCCACUGCCCCAGUGAUCGAUGUCACCAAGCGAGGCUUCUUCAAGGUCCUCGGCAAGGGUCGACUCCCCAACCAGCCCGUCAUCGUCAAGGCCCGAUUCUUCUCUCGCUCCGCUGAGGACAAGAUCAAGGCUGCCGGUGGUGUCUGCGUCGCUGUUGCGUAG